CCCCUCUUUAGGAGCCGGCGACGGGCGCAGGCGGGCACUGGGCGGGUGGCGGUGAUCGGCGACGCGAGCCGGUACCCCCUCCCCCGCGCGGCGCGCCGUCGGCCCCACCAUGGAGCCCGCCGUGUCGUUGGCCGUGUGCGCGCUGCUCUUCCUGCUCUGGAUCCGCGUGAAGGGGCUGGAGUUCGUGCUCAUCCACCAGCGCUGGGUGUUCGUGUGUCUCUUCCUGCUGCCGCUCUCGCUCAUCUUUGACAUCUACUACUACGUGCGCGCCUGGGUGGUGUUCAGGCUCAACAGCGCACCGCGCCUCCAUGGGCAGCGUGUGCGGGACAUCCAGAAGCAGGUACGAGAAUGGAAGGAGCAAGGCAGCAAGACCUUCAUGUGCACAGGGCGCCCUGGCUGGCUCACUGUCUCGCUCCGGGUUGGGAAGUACAAGAAGACCCACAAAAACAUUAUGAUCAACCUGAUGGACAUUCUGGAGGUGGACACCAAGAAACAGAUUGUCCGUGUGGAACCCUUGGUGACUAUGGGUCAGGUGACCGCCCUGCUGACCUCCAUUGGCUGGACCCUGCCUGUGUUGCCCGAGCUCGAUGACCUCACAGUGGGGGGCUUGAUCAUGGGCACGGGCAUCGAGUCAUCGUCCCACAAGUAUGGCCUGUUCCAGCACAUCUGCACCGCCUACGAGCUGGUCCUGGCCGAUGGCAGCUUUGUGCGAUGCACUCCGUCAGAAAACUCAGACCUGUUCUACGCUGUGCCCUGGUCGUGUGGGACCCUGGGCUUCCUGGUCGCCGCGGAGAUUCGCAUCAUUCCCGCCAAGAAGUACAUCAAGCUGCGGUUUGAGCCGGUGCGGGGCCUGGAGGCGAUCUGUGACAAGUUCAAGCACGAGUCCCAGAAGCAGGAGAACCACUUUGUGGAAGGGCUGCUCUACUCCCUGGACGAGGCUGUCAUCAUGACGGGGGUCAUGACAGACGAGGUGGAGCCCAGCAAGCUGAAUAGCAUUGGCAAUUACUACAAGCCCUGGUUCUUCAAGCACGUGGAGAACUACCUGAAGACAAACCGAGAGGGCCUGGAGUACAUCCCCCUGAGACACUACUACCACCGGCACACGCGCAGCAUCUUCUGGGAGCUCCAGGACAUCAUUCCCUUCGGCAACAACCCCAUCUUCCGCUACCUCUUUGGAUGGAUGGUGCCUCCCAAGAUCUCCCUCCUGAAGCUGACCCAGGGCGAGACCCUACGCAAGCUGUACGAGCAGCACCACGUGGUGCAGGACAUGCUGGUGCCCAUGAAGUGCAUGAUGCAGGCCCUGCACACCUUCCACAACGACAUCCACGUCUACCCCAUCUGGCUGUGCCCGUUCAUCCUGCCCAGCCAGCCUGGCCUGGUGCACCCCAAGGGAGACGAGACCGAGCUCUACGUGGACAUUGGGGCUUACGGGGAGCCACGUGUGAAGCACUUUGAAGCCAGGUCCUGCAUGAGGCAGUUGGAGAAGUUCGUCCGCAGCGUGCAUGGGUUCCAGAUGCUGUACGCCGACUGCUACAUGAACCGCGAGGAGUUCUGGGAGAUGUUUGACGGCUCCCUGUACCACAAGCUGCGGGAGCAGCUCAAUUGCCAGGACGCCUUCCCCGAGGUGUACGACAAGAUCUGCAAGGCCGCCAGGCACUGAGCCGGAGUCCGCCCGCAGAGAGACACGUGUGGUGGGCCCUGCCCCCGGGGCCAGCAGGCAUCUUCCCUUCACUCAAACUUGGCUGCUCUCCCAGAUCCACACUUCCAGAAGCAAACCCCUCCAGAAAUCCCACGCAGACAGCCCCGACCGACCACUCCCAGCUUCCAGGGGCCGCCCAGUGGAGUGGGAAGGACUUGGGAUAUGGAAUCAGGUAAACCUGAGUAUAAUUCCCGUUCAGCCACUCAUUUGCUGUGUGACUCUGAGUGAGUCACUCAGCCCCUCUGAUCCUGGCUCUUCAUCUGUUGACAGAGGGUAACAGUAUCUGCCUACAGGCUGUGGUAGCUGUCAUUGCUUCCCAUUCAGCAUCACAUCUGACUGAAGUGCUCCGGGUUCAGUGGUUGAGUCCCGAGAGCUCCAUGUUGGGUCACCUGGGCACAGGCGUGGCUGGAAUGAUGUAAGAUUGCCCUGGAGUUGCACCGCUAUUGCUUCAGUCAGCUAGAAUUGCUCCUCACGGGAGAAGGAAGGUUCCUCUCCAUCCCUGGGGUCUCAGGAGGGCAACAGAUGGGCCGGCAGGCCCAAGAAGUGCUGUGCCAAAGCCAGGUCUGAUCCCAAAGUUUUCUCUGCCUCCUUGGUGAUCCUGCCCCUCCCUCCUUCACGCUCAGGCUUGCAUGCCCCCCGGCCAUCACCGAGUCUACUCCUAGUGGACCAUGUCCCUGGGGAAGACAUUUCAGGGUGAAUCCUACCCCGGCCUAAGCCUGGGAUUCCGGCACAGGUGGAAGGAGUGGCUUCUGCCCUGAAUUGGAUCCAGAGGGUCUGGGCUCAUUCUUUGCUUCCCAGCCCCCAUGCCUCUUAUCCCCAGCACCUGCUUAGCUGUGGGGGGUGCGUCUGCGUUACUCUGGUAUCGGGGGUGGGGUGGACCACGCUCGCAGGAAAGUGGAGCCCGCCAUCGUCAGGUUCCAUGUGGUCCUCACUGUGGGGCUGAAGGAGUAGAGCGUCACCUUGAUUUCUCCAACCACUCAUCCCCUUGGUUUCUCCCGCCCCCCCCACCCCCACCCCCAGCUGUAGUUAAUUUCAGUGCCUUACAAAUCCUAAGCUCAGAGAAAAGCUAGCUCCUUUCCGUUCCAGAGGGAAGGGACCCUCCCUAGGUCCUCCCCCACUGACUAAAACUUGGUUGUUUAUGCAACUCCAUCUUAAGACCUGCCCAGCCUCAGCUAGAGACCCAGAAUCUGAGGAGGAAUUGUGCCCUGUGAGCGAAGCUGGAGUUGAGUGAGCCGUGCCAGGCAGUGGCAUCUGAGAGAGCUGAGCACAUGCUGCAGCAGGAGUCGGGAGGCCUGGGUUUCAGCCCCUGGUGUAUGGUCAGUGUGCUGUGCAGCUGUGGGCAAGUCCUUUGUUCCUCUGAACUAGUUUGUCCUCGUUCCCUGGGGGCCAUUCUGCUAUAGAAGUGCAUGGCUCUCUCAGACCCCGUGGUUGCAAAACCCGUGGAAAGCCUCAUUUGUGUGGAAAGUCAGAGGAAAAAUAAAUGAACAAGUGGACCCUUGGGGGUGGUCUGUCAUUUCCGGUCCUUCCUUCAGCCCAAGGCCGGCUCUCAUCUCAUUUUCAGAGAGGCUUGCAGGAAGUGUUGGUCUUGUCACUGUAGGUUGCCAGAGUCCUCAGAGUCGCGCUUUGACUGACAGAUGCUCACAUACACACACACACACACCCGCCCCCCAGGGCUUGGCACACUGCAAAGUACCUGAGCGUGGUCCUGUGAGUGCUGGGUGCACGCAUGGCACUCAGAAGACAAAGGAACUCCCUUCCCCUUUGGCCUCUGGGAGGGGGCAUAGGGAAAACAUAAAAACCCCGUUCUCUAGCUUGUAUGCAAAGUACGUGAAUUCUGGCAUUAGCUCUCAGCGGGCCCAUGUGCUCCAGGUUCAACUGAUGAUCCUACUUGCUGUAGAGGAAUGGUUAACCUGGGCAGAUUAACCCAACAGCUAAGGCUCGCCCAUCAUUUCACCAGUGAGACUCCAUCCACAUGCCACUGGGAAUGUGGCCAGAGAUGCCGGCAGCCUCUUGUUUUUAGUCCCACAAACCAAAUCCUGUCCACAGACCUCACCCGGAACUGGGGCUGGGCAGGGAAGGUCUUGGGAUUGCACCAGCCUCAUGUUAAUGUUUUACUCCAAUAACAUGUUGCCUGGAAAGGGCAGUCUUCCAAGCAUGGUGAGCUACCAGCUUUCUCGUAGCCAGUCCACCACUGUCCGUCCGUGUGCUGGUUCCAGAUGGCGUUGAACUUCGCACUGGGGGCCAGUGUGUAGAAAGUAAAAGGACAGGCCCCUCCCUCCAGGGCCAUGAGUUUCAUGGCUGCAUGAAGGUUUCCUGUAAAAUCACUUACAGCCAGUUUCUUCGGCUGGGCGGAUGUAUAAUUUAAUGGGGUGUUGCUAAAAGGGAGGGGGUGUGUGUGUGUGAUAUUUUUCCCUCCUUGGUCGCGGGGCCGGAGGAGAGAGGCAUGAGUCUCCCUGGCAGGCUCUCGCACGGCAGGCGCGGUGCCUACUACUGUCCAGAAUACUUCGUGUCCCUGCGGCUGUGUGGCCGCCGCUUCUGUAAAAAUAAAAGUGUGACCUGGAAAGUC